CUUUGACAGAACGCUGCAGGCGGCAAAAUUUGCCGGCACUUGUUUGAUAAUAAACGCAUUUUUCGAUUUUAAGGAUGUUUUCUAGCGUAGCCAAAACCCUGCUCCGUAAUGGAACGUACCGCGCUUACUGCACCGAUCCAUCUCGCAUAGAAAAGACCGUGAAUUCUGUAACUCUUUUGGGUCGUGUAGGGGCGGACCCGCAACGGCGUGGCAAUGAUGAGCAUCCGGUGGUUAUGUUUUCCGUAGCCACACACUCGAAUUACAAGUACGAAUCAGGAGAUUGGAUGCAGAAAACGGACUGGCACCGUGUUGUCGUUUUCAAGCCUGGGCUGCGCGAUGCUGUGAUGUCGUAUUUAAAGAAAGGCCAACGGACCAUGGUAACGGGGAAAAUUACGUACGGCGAAAUCACGGAUCAGGAGGGAAAGCAGCGAGGCACAUGCAGCAUCAUAGCGGACGAUGUAAUCUUCCUACAGAGUUGAAGUAGUGACUCGUAGAAUAAGCCACAUAAUUGUUGGAUUUCUGAAGCAUCCCUUGAAUAGAAUAGUGUUAAUAAACUUCGUAAAAGUUAGUUUCGUAAA